AAGGACUGUCACCAGAGGACACAAAGUGGCUCUUCUAUGAAAGUGGAGGACAGGCUGUUCCUACACAGUGACAUGUAGAUAUUACCUCCCAUUGUUUUUCUUCAAUGAUGUUCCUCUGCAUACUUUAAAAUAGUCGAAAUAGAUGGCUUCACUGGAGCUAUACAGCAAGGGAUCCAGUGUCUGGAUUCCUGAACCAGAUGCAGUCUGGGUGUCAGCCCUGCUCCUGCAGGACUACAGUCCUGGAGAGAAACAUCUACAGCUGCAGCUCUCUGAUGGACAGGAGGUCCAGUACCCAGUGGGGUCCAUCUCAGAUCUUCCGCCUCUGGGGAACCCGGCCAUCCUGGAGGGGGAAAAUGAUCUCACAGCUCUCAGCUUCCUUCAUGAACCUGCUGUCCUGCACAACCUGCGGGUUCGAUUCCUGGACUACAGCAGCAUCUACACGUACUGUGGGAUUGUGUUAGUGGCUAUAAAUCCCUAUGACCAGCUCUCCAUAUAUGGAGAGGAGGUGAUCGAUGCUUACAGUGGUCAGGACAUGGGUGACAUGGAACCUCACAUCUUUUCUGUGGCUGAGGAAGCAUAUCGCACCAUGACCCGGGAGGAGAAAAACCAGUCUAUCAUCAUCAGUGGAGAGUCUGGCUCUGGGAAAACAGUCUCAGCCAAAUUCACCAUGAGAUACUUUGCCGUGGUUGGAGGAGCAUCACAGCAGACGAGUGUGGAGGAGAGGGUUCUGGCCUCAAACCCAAUAAUGGAGUCUAUAGGGAAUGCUAAAACCACUCGAAAUGACAACAGCAGUCGCUUUGGAAAAUACAUUGAGAUUGGCUUCGCCAGAAAAGGGGACAUUAUUGCUGCAAACAUGAGGACCUAUCUUCUGGAGAAGUCCAGGGUUGUUUUCCAAGCCUCUGCAGAGAGGAACUACCACAUAUUUUACCAGCUGUGUGCCUCCAGAGAGCUGCCUGAAAUGAGAUCCCUUAAACUAGAUGGGCCGGAGCGUUUUCGUUACACCAGUCAGGGAGGAGAGCUGCAGAUCCCUGGGACUGAUGAUUUGUCCGACCUGGAGCGCACCAGAAAUGCUUUCACCAUUCUGGGUGUGCAGCCUGACCAACAGAUGGAACUUUUCAGGAUCCUGUCAGCUGUUCUUCACCUGGGAAAUGUCAACGUCCAAGCCAGUGGGAGAAGUGCUGAGCGGAGUUACAUUGAUGCAGACGACCGCUCUCUGGCUGUCUUCUCCAAGCUGUUGGGAGUGGAGGGACCUCAGAUGGCCCACUGGCUGUGUCACCGCAGACUGGCUGUAGGGGGGGAGAUGCUGGUCAAACCCAUGACCGGUCAGCAGGCUCUGGAGGCCAGAGACGCACUGGCCAAACACAUCUAUGGCCAGCUGUUUACAUGGACUGUCCAGAGGCUCAACUCUGCUCUACGCACCCAGAGGGGAAAGACCAAGUCCUUCAUAGGGGUGCUGGACAUCUAUGGGUUUGAGACUUUUGACCGGAACAGUUUUGAGCAGUUUUGUAUAAAUUAUGCAAAUGAAAAGCUGCAACAGCAAUUCAACAGGCAUGUCUUCCACUUGGAGCAGGAGGAGUAUGUCCGUGAGGAGCUGGCGUGGAGCAGGAUUGAGUUCAGUGACAAUCAGCAGUGCAUCAACCUCAUAGAGGGACAACUGGGCCUGUUUGAUCUGUUAGAUGAGGAGUGCAGGAUGCCCAAAGGUUCAGAUGAGAGCUGGGUGAGGAAGCUGUAUGAUCAACACCUGACCAGCAAGCCCCACCCUCACUUCAGAAAACCUCGCAUGUCCAACAGCGCCUUCAUUGUUCUGCACUUUGCUGACACUGUGCAAUACGAGUGUGAUGGCUUUUUGGACAAGAACCGAGACACAGUGUUUGAGGAGCUCAUUAACAUUCUCAAAGCAAGUCAGUCGGAGCUGGUGGCUGAGUUGUUCCAGCAGCAGGGAAACAUGCCGUCUGUGGCUAAUGGAAGUGUUCGCUCAGGAAAAAGAGCCACGAGGGAGCACAAACUCACAGUGGGCUUCCAGUUCCGUCAGUCCCUUCAGAUGUUAAUGGAGACUCUGAACAACACCACUCCUCACUACGUCCGCUGUAUUAAACCCAACGACCUCAAGGAACCUUUUAUGUUUGACCCAAGGAGGACGGUCCAGCAGCUGAGAGCCUGUGGGGUGCUGGAGACAAUUCGCAUCAGUGCUGCAGGUUAUCCAUCCAGGUGGACUUAUGAGGAGUUCUUCAGUAGGUACCGUCUCCUUCUCCCAGGUCCUCAGAGCCCGGAUCAAGCCCAAGCCGCGUGCAGACAGGCUCUACCUGAGCUCAUCCCAGACAAUGACCAAUACUGCUUUGGAAAAACGAAAGUGUUUUUCCGGGCCGGACAGGUGGCUCUGCUCGAGAGGCUGAGAGCUGAGAGGCUGCGUCUUGCUGCUGUGAUCAUCCAGAGCCGGGUCAGAGGAUGGCUGGCAAAGAUUCAAUACAUCAGGACCUGCUGGGCAACUGUCACUAUACAGAGAUACUGCAGAGGAGCCCUGGCCAGACAACUGGCCCUGACUCUGCGCUACAGCAAGGCUGCUUUAGUCAUCCAGAAGACUUACCGCAUGGUCGUGGUCAGACAGUUGUUCCUCAUGAUCCGACAGGCCACCAUCACCAUCCAGGCCUUCACCAGGGGCACGCUGACUCGGCGCACAUUUAGACAGCUGCUGGUGGAGAGGGCCACCGUUUUGCUCCAGGCGAGAGUGCGUGGCUGGCUUGCGAGGAGGGCGUACAGGCGAAUACAUGCAGCAGUUUUGUUCACGCAGUGCUGUGUGCGACGCCGAGCGGCCCGGAGAGAACUGCUGAAGCUUAAGACAGAGGCCCGCUCAGUGGAGAGAUACAGAGAGCUCAAUAAAGGCAUGGAGGUCAAACUGAUGCAGCUGCAACUGAAAGCAGACCAUGAGGCAAGGGAGAGUGCAGCUUUGAGAGAGACGCUGCACACAGAGCGAGAGGCCAGCGGUCAUGAGCUGGAGGCUUUGAGGGUCACAAUACAGAAGCUGGAGAGCCAGAGGCAGGAAAAGGUGCAGCCCAGCCCCGUUAUCAGCGAGAAGGAGCUGGGGGAAAGGAGGAGAGCAGAGGAGAAGGCUGCUCAGGAGAUCCUUCAGCUCAGACAAGAGCUGCAAGUGCUGCAGAAAGAAAAAGACAGUUUCUACAAAGAGAGAGAGGAUCUCUCAGCUCGCUUGCUUGAACAAGGAAAAGCACAAGAAGAGUGUGCACAGGAGACCAUGGCUAAGGCAAGUGCUGCUCUGAGGGCAGAGCUGGAUGAGGAGAGGAGAAAGUAUCAAGGUCUCCUUAGAGAUUUCACCCGACUGGAGCAGAGAUAUGACAACCUCAGGGAAAUGAGUCUGCUCACUGAGCGUACCAAAGGCCACAGAAGGACAGACUCCACCCAAAGUCUUAGCCUGGAGCCUCUCUCUCCCUCCCCCAUCCCGCUUUCCCCCCAGUCUCUCACCCCACUCUCCCUGUCACCCUUCCCAUCUGCUUUCUCUUCUCCAGAGACGGUCCGCAGGGUCAGCGUGACGUCUCCCUCCUUGGAUAGGAAAUUGUCAAUGUGGAGCUCUGAAACGCCAAUGGACCAGCUGAUGGAGAGGAUGGAUGUAGCCAAAGACCCAGCAGUGAAGAUGAAGGCGGAGGACCUGGCUCAUGCUUACGAUGCAGUACGAGUGGCCAACAAGUUUCUGGAGAGCCAGCUGCGUGGUCAGUACAGUCAGUGGGAGGGGGAUCUGGAGGCUCUGAGGUUCCAGCUCGGUCAGGCGAUCUCUGGUUCUUCCUCCACUGCAGCAAGACAGGAUGUGCAGGAACUACUUGAGGCCAGAGAACAAGAGUGUGUCAGGUUGAGGAGAGAGUUGAAGGAGCUGAAAAACACAACCUCACUCACAAGGCUCCUGGCACAAGUUCUCCCGUCGUCUUUAACUUUGGAAGCCUCUCCCUCUCCCUCUCCAUCUCCAUCUCGACCAAAGCCAGCAUCAGUCACUGGUUUGUUGGAGUGUAGAAAGAAAGAUGAAAACAAGCUCAUCAAACACCUUAUCACAGACAUCCGUGUUGACAGCGCCCUGUCUCUGCCUCCUGGCCUUCCUGCCAGAGUGCUCUUCCUGUGUGUUCGUCAUGCCGGCUGCAGUGGAGACCAGACUCAGGCUCGCUCGCUGUGCAGCGCUGCUGUCACUGCUAUGAAGGCAGCUCUGAAGAAACAUAGUAAUGAUGUUGACAUGUCAGCUUUGUGGUUGAAAAACGCUUGUCUGUUGCAUGACCUGUUGACCCAGCACUCCCCAAAACAGACCCUCGACUCAGAUGAUCUGGUUCCAUUGAGUAUGGAUCUUUCUGACUUGAUCCGCGCUCUGAGUGACCUCUGCAUCCAGGCAUAUCAACAGCUCCUCUCCAUCACUGAGAAACGUCUACAGAACAUCAUAGUCCCUGCUAUGUUGGAGAGCGAGACCAUCCCCGGUUUGUCGGCCUCAGCUGUAAAGUUGGUGACGUCCAGAAAGCGAGCAGGAUCAGACCCGAGGCCUGUAGGAGGCGAUGUUCCAACUAUGGCGUCGGUGCUGCGGGAGCUGGGUGCCCUUCACACAGCUCUGACCCAUCAGGCUCUGCCCCUGACUCAGAUAGAGCAGGCCUUUCACCAGCUCACCUACUUCAUCUCAGCCUCGGCACUCAACAGCCUGCUACUCAGGAAGGACAUGUGUUGCUGGAGUCGUGGCAUGCAAAUUCGCUACAAUGUGAGCCUGCUGGAGGAAUGGCUACGGAGCCGGGGUCUGCAGGCAGGGGGUGCUGUUGCCACACUGGAGCCCCUCAUCCAGGCCGUUCAGCUGUUGCAGGCCGGGAAAAAGACCGAGGUGGAUGCAAAGGCCAUUGUACAGACCUGUACUGCUCUAUCCAGCCAGAAGAUUGUGAAGAUUCUGACCCUCUACACCCCCCACAGUGACCUUGAUGAAAGAGUCACACUUAAUUUCAUCCGCACUGUCCAGGGCCUCCUUAAAGACCGCUCUGACGGUCAGCCGCCACAGCUCCUGAUGGAUGUUAGGCGAGUGUUUCCUGUCACAUUUCCCUACUCGCCUCCCCCCGCCCUCCAUUCUGAGCAGUUAGUCAUCCCAGACUCCCUCAAGAUAUCUUUUCUACGCAGAGCCUGAAGAACAGCAUGUCCAGCCUAUUAAGCUGGGUCUCUAUGGAGAAAAUAUAUUACAUUUUAUAUUAUAAAUAACUCCAGAUUUAAUUAAUCCUUAUCUCUCUGAUAUCACUUCCUUCAGUCCUUAUGAGUAACGUUUGUUGUCAAGUUUUUUUUUUUUUUUUUCAAAUAAUUUUUUAAUUUAAAUAUUUGUGAAGAUAUACUGAAAAUUUUAACCUUUGAAGUUUUUUCUUUAAAAUAAAAGGAAGUACAUAUUCAAAUACAUUUAAGUUAGGGAUGGCACAAUAGCAGCUAUACCUGAAUGCAGUUUGACAAACAAGAAAACACCUUAGGCUUGUUUUUGUUUUUUUUAAACAUAUUUUAUUGGAAGCAGAAACACAAUGAGACUGCAGUCCCAGUAACCUCGACCUCCAAUAAGAACAACCAGAAUAAAAAAAAAACUCAAAAAUUAGAAACAUCUCCUGUAUAAAAAAAUUCUCAUGCGAGUACUUUGUACCACUACACAUCAUAAGUCAUACAUAUUUAUAUAUUCACAAACAUUUGAAAAAUAGAAAACAAUAAUGUAAUAUCAAAAUAAAAGGAGACAACAAUUGGCAGUUCACAUCAAAUAAUUAUGCGUGCUGGCACAAUACAUUUUUUUCUUCUCUUUUUUUCUUUUUUUUUUAAUUGCUCCUCUCAUGCACCUUUUCUGGAGAACAGAACGGGUGUCGCUGUGCAGGCGUGUCUGUGUCAGACCUGGUCAGCUAGACAGAAUGGAUCAUGCAUGUCUGUCCGCUUCGUGUCUGUGUGCUUUUCAUUGUGCUUCUACAUUUAUCCUCAUUCUUAACUCCUGUGUGCAUUCAACAUGCCUGUCUAACACAACCAACACGCAAACUGAGCCUCUGAAGGAGGAGGAAAUCCCUCCACUAAAGUAUCAUUGUCAACAGCAAUAAAGAAAGAUCUUUUUCUUGGCAUUUCCAGCUA